AUGGGAGGAAUAUCAUCUUCAGGUACAAGCACUAUUAUAGGAAAAAAAGGAUCAAUAUUAGUUACUUUUUAUGACAUGGAUAAACCAGAAAAUUAAUCACAUUAAGCAAUGCGAAUUACAGAAGAGACCACAAUAAAUAAUAUAAUUUAAUAUAUUAAAGAGAAACAAGAUUGCUAAAAUGUAUCAUUGUAUUAUGAUUAAAUUCCGAUAGAUGAUCUGUCAUUUUAAUUAUAUGAAUACCUUGAUUUAUUACCAAGUAGAAAAUUUGGUUAUAGAAUUAAUUAGAUGUAAUAAUAAAAUACAAAACAAUCAUAAGGCGACAAGCAAUAAACUUCAAUAAACAAUCAGCAGUAACAAUCUAAAAUAACAAUGACAAAUCAAAAACUGCAUCAUGGUGAAGUAAAUGGUCAAGAUAUACCUCCAUAUAAGACAUAAUUCAAAACACCUAUCAAUAAUAAUAGUGAUUUUAAUCAACCAAAAUAAGGGACAUUAAAAGUAAUUUCCUCCCAAACAGAUAAAGGGCAUAUUAUUGAGGAUCAAAAUAUAAAUUAAGGGAACAAUUAUAAAUCAGAGAAAACUAAUGUUCUAAAUAUUUUUUUAAAAUAUACUCUAUAAAAAUAUUAAGAAGCUAAAUAAUAAAGUAUUUAAUAGUAACGAGAUAUGGAAAAUAAUUUUUAGCAGUUGCGGAGUAUAAAUAAUAAAUUGGAAAGUGAAAAAUAAAAUAUGAGCAAUUAUAUUGAAGAUCUGAAGUGUAAGAUUGAAUCAAUGUAAAAUGGUUACAAUAAAAUAAAAUAAGAAAAUGAAGAAUUGCAGCAUAGAAAUAAAAUUUUAUAAUCUGAAUUAUAAAAUUUCUCAAAAAAGAAUGAUUUACCAAAUACUACUAUUCAAAGUAAUUUAUCUACAGACCGAUCUGCUAUUAUUAAUGAAUCCUAAAUUAUUGAAACGCAGUAAGUAUUUAAAAAUAAAUGUGGACAUCAUUUAGAAGAAUAAAAAAUUUAAAAUAUAUUAAAACAAUCUUUAUCAAAUAAAACAAUCGCUCAUUGUUAUUAAUGCAAACCAUCAAAAAUUUCAGGUCAAAUUUUAAUCAAGAUGGAGCCUCUAGGUCAAGCAUAUAAAGAGUUUUAGGCUAAUGAGGAGCUGAAUUAAUUAUUGAUAAAUCUUAAAUCGUAAAAAAAAACAAUUUAUAAAUGCUCAAGAAAUACUUGUAACUUCUUUUGUAUUUUUAAUAAGUCAAGUUAAAUAUCAUCUGAAAAUUCUUUUUGUCCCUCAUGUUUGCUUAAAGGCAUGAAGAUAAGUGAUUGA